AUGUCCUCGGCGCCACUGCGCAUGGCCGUGGUCUGCUCCAGUAACCAGAACCGCAGCAUGGAGGCCCAUAGCCUCCUCCGCAGAAGAGGAUUCAACGUUCGAUCUUUUGGAACAGGCAGCAAAGUGAGGCUGCCGGGACCAGCGCCAGACCAGCCCAACGAGUAUGACUUCCACACCACCUAUGAGCACAUGUACCAGGAUCUGCUCCGGAAAGACGGCAAGUUCUACACCCACAAUGGCGUUUUGCACAUGCUGGGCAGAAAUCGCAGAAUCAAGGCCAGGCCAGAACGAUUCCAGAACUGUCCAGACAAGUUUGACCUCAUCAUCACCUGUGAAGACAGCGUCUAUGACAGGGUGGUGGAACACCUAAACUGCAGACAGCCGCAGACUGGCCAGCCUGUCCUCGUCAUCAAUGUGGACAUCGAGGACGACCAAGAAGAGGCCAUGCUGGGAGCCUUUCUCAUCUGUGAGCUCUGUGAGUGCAUUCGGCUCCUCGGAGAGCUCCAGGAGGGCGAGAUAGAGCAGCUCUUGGGGCAGUUUGAGAAGACAACCCACAAGACUUUUCUGCACACUGUCUGCUUCUACUGA